AUCAGACAGCUCAAUUUAUGCCCCAGCCAUUAUAUCAUCCAGAAAACAGUUGAAGACUCACCAAUCCACUUUUUCAUCCUCGGAAAGACCCAUUAUUGCUAAUGCUAUGAAAAGGUCAAAUUAAGCAGACCCGUAUUCAACUCUACUUCAAUAUCACUCUCUCUCUCCCCCAUUUUUUCACCUUUUCCAGGAUUUCAGUUUCUGGGUUUUGAAUUUUGAUGUAUCAAAAUUUCUCAUCUUGGAAAAGGUCUAGCUCUGUAUUGCUGGCGGUAAAGUUGAAGGGGGAGAUUGAAAGAGAAUCUUGAUUUAAAAUUAUAAGAUUUUGGGAUUUGGGUAUAUUCUAUAUUGAAUAGAUUACUGCAAACUAGAUGGUCAUGGAUCGGAAUUUUAGGUGUUAUAGUACGACAACAUCUGGUAUCAAAUAUGACAACCAAGCCCUUUCGGUGUUUCCAGAUCCAAAUCUGAAUAACAAUUUGAGAGUUAGCAAUAGUUUCUCAAAUGGUAAUUAUGAUGAUGUUACCCCAUUUUCUAGUCAUUUGAAUUCUAAUAUUUUAGUCCAAUCAUCUGAUACCGAUACGCACGAGGAUUAUGAUUUUAGUGAUGUGGUGCUUAAGUAUAUAAACCAUAUCCUUAUGGAAGAGGAUGUGGAAGAGAAAGCUUGCAUGUUUCGAGAGUCAGCAGCUCUUCUAGCUGCAGAGAAAUCAUUCUAUGAAGUUCUUGGGGGACAGUACCCUGCUUCAACAGAUUAUCUGCGAGUCCCAAAUUGGGAUCAGAAUGUUGAUAAUUCCGUUGAAAACUUUUCAGGAGAUUUUACAAAUUAUUAUGCUACUGGUAAUGCUGAUUUGUGCCCGGACUGGAAUUCUGAUCCUAAUUGCUCUGGAUUUGAUGAACAGCUUGCUUCUGUUGGUGUUGUUUCACAAUUGACUUCUCAGUCACCUUUUAGCCCAUCAAGUAGCACCAGUAACUUCACUGAUGGUCCGGCAGAUUCUCCUGUCAGUACACUCAAAAUUCCUAAUAUAUUUAGUGAUAGCCAAUCGGUUAUGCAAUUUAAGAAAGGGGUUGAGGAAGCUGCUAAAUUUCUUCCUAAUGGUAAUAGUUUUGCAGUUGAUUUGAGGUAUGGUGAGUUAUUGGGGAAAGAGCAGAAGGAAGGGACAACCGGUUUGGUAGUUAAGGUGGAAAAGAAAUGUGUCAAUGAGGACCGUGCUGAUCUGACAAGGGGUAAGAAGAAUCCAUAUCGAGAGACUAUGAGUAUGCACGAGGAGAGGAAUAACAAGCAGACAGCUGUUUAUACUGAAUCGACUGCGAGUCCGGAAAUGUUUGAUAUGGUGCUUCUAUGCAGUGGAGGAAGAAAUGAAUCUGCACUUCGGAAAGCAUUGCAGAAUGAAGCAACUAAAAAUGCUUUGCAAAAUAGUCAAAUUAAGGGGUCUACUGGUGGGAAAAGCCGUGGCAAGAAACUGGGAGGCAGAAGGAAUGUGGUUGAUUUGAGAACCCUUUUGACCCUUUGUGCACAAGCUGUUGCGGCUGAUGACCGAAGGUCUGCUAAUGAGUUUCUGAAGCAGAUCCGACAACAUUCGACUCCCACGGGAGACGGGAUGCAGAGGCUUGCCCACUGGUUUGCUGAUGGUCUUGAGGCACGUAUGGCUGGAUCAGGGACACAGAUCUACAAAGCCCUUAUUAAUUUGCCUACAUCGGCUGCUGACAUCUUGAAAGCCUACCAUAUAUAUCUGGCUAGCUGUCCAUUUAGGAAGAUCUCUAACUUCUUUGCAAAUAAGACCAUUAUGAAUGCGGCUAAAAGUGCCACAAGGCUUCACAUUAUUGAUUUUGGUAUUCUCUAUGGUUUUCAAUGGCCUUGCUUUAUACAACGUCUCUCGUCUAGGCCUGGUGGUCCCCCCAAGCUUCGUAUUACGGGGAUUGAUUUUCCGUGUCCAGGGUUUCGACCAUCAGAAAGGGUUGAAGAGACAGGACGGCGCUUGGCUAGUUAUGCUGAGACUUUUAACGUUCCAUUUGAUUUCAAUGCUAUAGCGCAGAAGUGGGAAACUAUUAAGAUUGAGGAUCUUAACGUUAGUAAAGAUGAGGUGGUUGUGGUGAAUUGCCUUUAUAGGUUUAGGAAUCUGCUUGAUGAAACUGUGGUGAUAAACAGUCCAAGAAAUAUUGUUUUGAACCUUAUCAGGAAAAUUAGUCCAGAUAUUUUUGUACAGGGGAUAGUGAAUGGUGCUUACAAUGCUCCCUUCUUUAUUACAAGAUUCCGUGAGGCUCUGUUUCAUUAUUCAUCGUUUUUUGAUAUGCUUGAGGCUAAUAUUCCUCGUGAAAUUCAUGAGAGGAUGCUUCUUGAGAAAACAAUAUUUGGACAGGAAGCAAUGAAUGUCAUUGCAUGUGAAGCUGCCGAAAGAAUUGAGAGACCAGAGACAUACAAGCAGUGGCAGGUUCGAAAUAUUAGGGCUGGAUUCAAACAGCUUCCACUGAAUGAGGAGAUAAUGAGCAUGGCAAAAGUCCGGGUUACAUCAUCCUACCACAAGGAUUUUGUGAUCGAUGAAGAUGGCCUCUGGAUGUUGCAAGGGUGGAAGGGGCGUAUCUUAUAUGCACUUUCUUCUUGGAGGCCAGCUUAUUGAAUUGGUUAGAUAGAAGUUAUGGGAAGGCAAGAUAAUAAUUGCUGCACAUGUUGGCAAUAUCAGCUUGUCUUUACUGUGAAUAUCCACCAAUUUGCUUCGAAUGCAGGUUCGUGAAUACUCUCCAUUGCACCUUGGCCUGAAAAUAAAUGGGUAGUUCCGGUGAUCAUCAAUCUGGCAGAUCAAGCAGCUAAUUUCUCCGAUGAUCCUUGUACCACCAAAUGGGCCUGCACACACUUAAAGAAUUCAUUGAAGCCGUAAAGAAAGGAUACCUUUCUUAGCAGUGCAUGUCAACGAUCUAGUUAGUACUUGUGUUUAGUCAGUCAUAACUCUGUUAGUGUGUAAAAUCGGGUAUGUAAAAUACUGUUUUAAAAGGAUGCUAUGUAGUGACUAUAGUUAAAUGGUCCUAUCUAAUAUGAGAGAACAUUAGAAGGUGCUAUUUAGCUUAUUUUCCUGGAAAAGAACAUUUUCAUUCGAUGUGUUGUGUGGAAUCUUCUAACCUCUGUGCCUUCUAAUUAGGCCAAUGUUGUUAUUAACUCUCUAAAUCAGCACCUGAUUAGUUUAAA